UCGACCGUACAGCUAUGAUCAAUACAUCUAAACAGUGAAAAUGGAACUUGUCGAUAAAUGCUUUAAGCUGACUGGCGUCACGGUACUUUAAUGUUGUGACACCUGUAACAUGACGGGGAAAACAGAUGGAUAUUAACAAGAACGGGACAGGAAUAUCUAGCAAGUUUUGAUGGCCAUAACCGAAUGAAUUUUCAAAAAGAAACGUCACAGAGAAGAUUUCUUGCAAGAGUAUGUCAGUUACCACUCAGCGAAGAUGUACAGCAAGGUGUGGGAGCUGUGCUGGUAUUAGUCGGUUUAACACUACUAUUAUCUGGUGUAAUAUUUGCCAUUGUUGCAUACACUGGCACCAAACGUAACGUUAUAGGCUCCUUUCCUUACGUCGGUCCUGUACUGAUAGUCAUAGGCCUUCUUUGCAUUAUGAACGGGUACAUUCUAAGUCACAAAACCGAUUUUAAGAAACUCUGGUUUUAUUUCAAGCGGAGAAAACAACAAGUAUAUGUUGAAGAAGACUAUUGCGAUUCGCAAGAAUUAAACGGAUCAAUCAGUGUGCUAUGUUUACGCUUUCUUGUUUGUAUUUUUAUCAGAAGUAACUCUGGCGAGACCAGUGAAGCUCUGGAAGAUGAACAAAGGGCACGAGAGAUGUCACUUGCCAACGAACCUGCUGAAGGGACGGAACAACGACCUAGACUAGAAAAAACGUCAUCAUUCUCACCAUUCCGUCAAACAAAAGUUCACCCGAGUAUUACCGUCACAACAGUGUGAUAAAUAUACAUUGAUAGAACUAACAUUAUGAUUGCUAUACAUGAAUAACUGUUUAAUACAUAAAAAACUAUAAGUAACUACCCGAUAAUAAUAUGACAUUUACAGAGAUUUGAUUUCAUUUGACAUUGAUUUAUUAAAAAUGUAACUUGACUUUUAUAUUAAUAGCCUAAGUUUUUGGUUCAAAUGCUUGGUGUGAUUUCAUAUUGAAAUGUGAAAAAUGCAAAUGCGUGAAACUUUGCGCCUCACGUGCAAUCAGAAAGCUACAAUAACAAUAAGGCGAAAAUGCGGUUAAAGACCACCUGGCUAUUUAUUUAUUUGAGUGCGAUACUUUGCUUCUUUCUUGCAUAUAAGACAGGAUUAUCUACUGUUUACGUCGGUGCUAGAAUUCAACUCUCGGCUGUCGUCACGGACGGGGAUAUGUAGCUCUCGGAUAACUGUUAGCGGAAACUCGGAAGAGCCUUGCCGUAAACAGUUACCCUCGAGGUUGAUAUUCCAGUCAGAGCUGGCAGCCGGUGUAAGAUCUUUAUAGUUUUUAAGAGUUUUAGUUUUAAACGUGUCGGCUCGGAUGAUAUCGACCGCGAAAAAUACAAUACAUAUAUACAGCUAUGAAAUAUUAAAAUGCGUCAAUACGGGGGACCAUUCCCGAGUUCAUAUGGGUACAUCGUUAUAUUUUAUUUUGAGAAAGUCUACAAAAAUUAUGUUUUUAAUGAAUGAUUUUGGUUUAAAUUAGAAUAAGCUGACAUAUUGUGUUGAGUUGUUUCUCUGUAUAUUCCCAUAAUUAUAAUAUAUUCAAGAUUUUAUUUUAAAAACAGCAGAAGAUCCCGACGUUUACGUACUGUAUAUUGGCUACAGCAAUUGAACAUUUAAUGAUACAUUAUAAGAUUUAUGUAUAAUUUGAGGAUGUGAAGUUAAUAAAGAAGGGUACAGGGUGUUGUU